UAUUUACCCAUUAAGAUAUCGGUGCUAUCUAAAAAAAGAUAACAAUUUACCGUUUACUCAAAUGUUUUAUUUGUUGGUGAUGAGAAGGUGCGUUUACAGUAUGGAUUUUCCUACCCUUUUUCGUGGAUGUCGAUACCUCCACAACGUUUCAGUGGAAAAGCGAAUCCAAAUGUAAACACGAAAAUAAGAAGCUUAAAAUUAUUAUAUAAUUAUCAAAAAGUGGUAUGUUGCAAAACAUCUCGGAUUUAGCGAUCAUCUUAACUAGAAGAGAAUCAAAACUUGGAACGUUCAUCAACAGUCCAUCUUAAGUGCAGACAAUGAAUAAUCCGUUAUGGUGGCAUCGUUACGAGUGAGUCUACGCAAAGCGUUGCUGUUAGUGAUAUGUUUUAGUUUGAUCACUUUCCUGCUAUUUACAACAAGCACAGUCAAAGUUUUAUGGUUUCCCUUGGGGGAGCAAUUAGGGAACAAGCGCACCGUUCUAGAGCACAAUGAAGUACCGGAAACAUACGAAUCUAAUGGUAAUAGUGCGGUCGCCGAAUGGCUUCUUACCCUCACCAGUAAGCCUCAUUCGAAAGAGAAUUUACCGAAAGAUUGGUAUUUCAAAGGAGGCUCGAGAAAACCAAAAGAAUAUGCUAACGAUGGCGUCCAUCUUUUACCAGAACAAGCGGACUUCGGAGAUGACAGGAUUCAGAAGCAGUUGAUGUUCGUCCCUAAGGGCUACGAUGAGUUUACAACACCAGUAAAAAAUAUCAUCCUAUGGAAUGGACUCAAUGCGUGGAAUGUCCACAGCGGAAAUGCGGUAUUUGAGCAAUGUCCGGUUAGUAGGUGUUCGUUAGAUACUUCAAAAAGUCGAGCUAUGGAUGCCGAUGCAAUAUUGUUUAAAGAUAGUUAUUCUUCAUCUGGCUUCUCCAGACCUAAGAAUCAGGUCUGGAUCUUGUACCUUCUUGAAUGUCCUUAUCACACAUCCAAUUUCGCCAGGUUGCAAGGAGUAAUUAAUUGGACGGCUACGUACCGCAUGGACAGCGAUAUUGUUGCCCCGUACGAGAAAUGGAUUUACUAUGAUGAUAAUGUAAAAGAGAAAUCACAGCACAAAGAUUACGCAGCAAAUAAAACAAAAAAAGUAGCAUGGUUUGUAUCGAACUGCGGCGCAAAGAACCACCGUUUAGCAUAUGCUACAGAACUAUCGAAGUAUAUUCAGGUUGAUAUUUAUGGCGCAUGUGGUUCUUUUACUUGUCCUCGCUCUUCCUCACAAAAGUGCUUUGAAAUCCUUAACCGCGACUAUAAGUUUUACCUUGCAUUCGAGAAUAGUAAUUGCCAAGAUUAUAUAACUGAAAAGUUCUUUGUCAACGGUCUUCAACACGACGUUAUUCCAGUGGUAAUGGGAGCAAGACCGAGCGAAUACGAGAAGGCUGCCCCUCAUCGUUCUUACAUUCACACGGAUAACUUUGAAAGUCCCGAAGAAUUAGCGCAAUAUUUAAAUCAAUUGGACAACGACGAUGAACAGUACAAUUCAUAUUUCAGAUGGAAAGGCACCGGAGAGUUCGUUAAUACAUUCUUUUGGUGUAGAUUAUGUGCCAUGCUACACGCGCCACUCCCUCAUAAAGUUUACGACGAUGUUAAUGAGUGGUGGAGAGGCAAAAACGUUUGCACCAGAUCGUCCUGGAGAAAAGCCAAAGAGAAUUAAGCUGCAUGUAAUUGCUCCUUUCCAAGUAGAAAAGCACACAUUCCUAGUCGAAAAACGUACAUUAAAUAAAUGUGAUGACUGACCUUUCUUUUUGUACAUAUGCAAUGUUUCCCUUGUUGUUUUUAAGGAUAAUUGUUUACAUAAAGUUGUUUUUAUUAC